AUGUCGUCUCCUAUCGAAGCUUUAUUACUGGACAUGGAUGGUGUCUUGGCUGAAGUAUCACAGUCGUAUCGUCAGACGAUCAUUGAUACUGCACGUCACUUUGGCGUGUCAGUCACACACGAAGAUAUUGACAAGUUGAAACUUGCUGGCAAUGCCAAUAACGACUGGCAAUUGACACACCGUCUUAUCCUCAGAGGAUUGAGUAGUCAUGCAACAAGCAAUGUGCCGUCACUGGGAGACGUUACUGCACAAUUUGAAGCCUUGUAUCAAGGCGUGGGUUCCACACCGGGACGAUGUGAACUCGAGACGUUGCUCACACCCGUCGGACUGCUACGAGAACUAGAUCGACGACUGCCUAAAGGCAUGGCAAUUGUCACUGGACGUCCCCGGAAAGAUUGCGUAAAGUUUCUGAGCAUUCAUGGUAUUGAGGACCUUUUCCCGGUACAAAUUUGUAUGGAGGACGGUCCACCCAAGCCGUCACCUGAGCCCAUUCGACUGGCGCUUAAAGCACUGGGAGUUUGUGCAAAGAACGCGGCCAUGGUCGGUGAUACUGUAGACGACAUUAUUGCAGGAUGCAAGGCUGGUACCAUUGCGUACGGUGUGUUAACGCCACAAGUGUAUGCCAAGUCAGUGCUGGAGCAGACGCCUGCGAUGAUUGGAAAGGUGCUGGAAGAAACGGGAGCUUGUGUUGUGCUGAACCCUGGACUUGCACAGCUACUCGAUCUCAUCCCGUCGACGACAAGCAAAGCUUCAACUGCAGUUGAGAAUAGGAAGACGAUCGCUGUGCGUGAGGCAAACAUAUCUCGUGUGACGAAGGAGACGUCGAUUCAUGUGAAACUGUCGCUGGACGGCACGGGCAAGUCUAAGGUGAGCUCUGGUAUUGGGUUUCUCGAUCACAUGCUGACAGCGUUAGCCAAGCAUAGCCGCUUUGACCUGGAACUUGAGUGCAAAGGUGAUGUCUGGGUUGACGACCACCACACAACAGAGGACUGUGCACUGACUAUUGGUGAGGCCUUUGACACUGCUCUCGGUGAUCGCACUGGCAUUGCUCGCUUUGGAUCAGCUUGUGUGCCACUCGACGAAGCACUAUCACGUGCCAUCGUGGACAUCUCGAGCCGCGCACACAGUGAGAUCAAUCUGGAGCUAGUGCGUCCGAGCAUAGGCGAGCUGUCGUGUGAGAUGAUUACGCACUUUUUCGAGUCUUUUGCAAGCGCUGCGCGUCUGACGUUGCACGUUGACGUAUUGCGCGGCCGCAACGACCACCACCGCGCCGAGGCGUCCUUUAAGGCUCUGGCUGUUGCACUGCGCAUUGCUAUCAAACAUGACGCCACUGCUGGCGUGCCAAGUACCAAGGGUGUAUUGGCAUGA